UAACUGCGUACGCUUUACACUCUGUCUCACCGAGUUCGACGGCUGCUCACACUCAGCAAAUGCGCUUCCCGGCACUACGGCAGGACCGUUGUCCUGACCUUCCAUUCUCUAUCAUGAGGCGCCUCCCGAACCGAAAUACGUACGAACCCUCGGAACAAUGAUUCGGUCCUGCCAUUGGUGCCACAAUGCCACGCACUGUCGUGUACUUAAGGCGAGGACCACUUCACCUUUUACUACAAGUCUCGUCUCCUUCGUGGCACAACACCAUCUCUAUCACGCCACUGCUUUGUCUCCUGCGCGCCUCACCUUCAAACUUUGCACCAGUCAAGUCAUUACUCCUGCGAUGUGUCGCUUCACCGCCUUGACCACGAAUACAACGAACACCUGUGGAAACCACAGAGUCGUUAUCGCUGCCGAUACGGCUGGGAUGGAACCGGCAGUAGCCGCCAACGACGAGACGCCCGAUGCCAAUUUUAUUCCCUGCAAUAAUCCUCUUUGCCAAUACCAGCCAGACCACGAAAUCAAGGUCAUUCAUAACGGGAAGGGCUGUUAUGAGCUGGGUUGCGAGACGGGACCCUAUAUCGGUUCCUUCGUUUCAACAUGCACACCUGCAAAGAACGACGCCGACGUCUGCGACCUGGUGGGGUGCGAGGAGUGCAAUGGUGGCUGGCUACAUUGGCACCGCUACAAGGGGGAGGCAUUUGCACAACCAUGGCCCGAGCCAUGCAUUCCCAGGCAUUGCCGUGGCCAUUCAGAAGAUUUUUCUCGGCAACGCCUUCAAGAUUGGGUUCGCUCUCAGGCGCAGCCUGACUAUAUGAAGUACCCCUAGUCUAUCAGCCGUCCUGUCAGAUCCAUAUGCCUUGAGUUUGAUUUUUCCCCUGUCUUAUAACUUCGCUUCAAAGUCUGUCAUAUUGCUGCGUGCACCGUGCGUUUUUUUUCU